AUGCCGGAGCAUUACAUCAGCAGAUUGGUGGGCGGUGAGUUUGAUCUGGAGACAAACUUCAUUAUCCAGGAUGCAGAAAGCAUUGGCUGCAUGGUGGAGCUGUUGGGGCACUGUGACGUCACCUGCCAGGCUGAAAUCUGGAGCAUGUUCACAGCCAUCCUUCGAAAAAGUGUUCGGAAUCUGCAAACAAGCACUGAGGUUGGCCUCAUCCAGCAGGUGCUGCUCAAAAUGAGCUCAGUGGAUGACAUGAUUGCAGAUUUGUUAGUGGACAUGUUGGGAGUGCUGGCCAGCUACAGCAUCACAGUGAAGGAACUGAAACUGCUCUUCAGCAUGCUACGAGGGGAAGGAGGCCUCUGGCCGAAGCACGCGGUCAAAAUGUUGUCGGUGCUGAAUCAGAUGCCCCAGAGACACGGUCCAGAUGCCUUUUUCAACUUUCCUGGUCGCAGUGCAGCAGCAAUUGCUUUACCUCCUAUUGCCAAGUGGCCUUAUCAGAGCGGGUUUACAUUCAACACCUGGUUCAGGAUGGAUCCCCUGAAUAACAUCAACGUCGACAAGGACAAACCAUAUCUGUACUGCUUUCGGACCAGCAAGGGCAUUGGGUAUUCUGCACAUUUUGUUGGUAACUGCUUGAUCGUGACAUCACUCAAGUCCAAAGGAAAAGGUUUCCAGCACUGUGUGAAGUAUGAUUUCCAGCCCAGGAAGUGGUACAUGAUCAGUAUAGUUCACAUCUACAGCCGCUGGAGGAACAGUGAAAUCAGAUGUUAUGUUAAUGGACAGCUCGUUUCUUAUGGAGACAUGGCAUGGCACGUCAACACAAAUGAUAGUUAUGAUAAGUGCUUCCUUGGGUCUUCGGAGACAGCAGAUGCAAACAGAGUAUUCUGCGGACAGCUAGGAGCCGUCUACGUGUUCUGUGAAGCCCUCAAUCCCGCACAGAUAUUUGCAGUUCAUCAGCUAGGACCAGGCUAUAAGAGCACAUUUAAGUUCAAGUCAGAGAGUGAUAUCCACUUAGCAGAGCAUCACAAGCAGGUGUUGUAUGAUGGUAAGUUGGCCAGCGCCAUCGCCUUCACCUACAACGCCAAGGCCACUGAUGCCCAGCUCUGCCUGGAGUCCUCGCCUAAAGAAAAUGCUUCCAUCUUUGUGCACUCACCGCAUGCCCUUAUGCUACAGGAUGUAAAAGCCACAGUGACUCACUCCAUCCACAGUGCCAUCCAUUCCAUCGGUGGGAUCCAGGUGCUCUUUCCGCUCUUCGCUCAGCUGGACUACCAUCAGCUGAACGACAGCCAGGUGGAGCCCACUGUGUGUGCCACUCUCCUGGCCUUUCUGGUUGAGCUGCUCAAGAGCUCAGUGGCCAUGCAGGAGCAGAUGCUGGGAGGAAAGGGCUUCUUGGUGAUUGGAUACCUGCUAGAGAAGUCAUCACGUGUACACAUCACCAGAGCUGUAUUAGAGCAAUUCCUUUCCUUUGCAAAGUAUCUGGAUGGUCUGACACAUGGGGCACCACUGCUGAAGCAGCUGUGUGACCACAUUCUGUUCAAUGCUGCCAUCUGGAUCCACACCCCUGCCAAGGUACAGCUCUCUCUGUACACAUACCUUUCUGCAGAGUUCAUUGGCACAUCAACCAUCUACAACACGAUCCGUCGAGUGGGCACAGUACUGCAGCUCAUGCAUACGCUUAAGUACUACCACUGGGCCGUCAACCCUGCAGACAGCAGCGGCAUCACUCCAAAGGGUCUCGAUGGUCCGAGGCCGACCCAGAAAGAAGUACUUUCUCUGCGGGCAUUCAUGCUUCUCUUCCUCAAGCAGCUCAUCCUGAAGGACCGAGGUGUGAAGGAGGAUGAGUUGCAGAGCAUCCUGAACUAUUUGUUAACAAUGCAUGAGGAUGAGAAUCUGCAUGAUGUGUUGCAGUUGGUGGUAGCCCUCAUGUCUGAGCAUCCAGCCUCCAUGAUCCCUGCUUUUGACCAGAGAAAUGGAAUACGGGUAAUCUACAAGCUCAUGGCCUCUAAGAGUGAAAGCAUUCGAGUACAAUCCCUCAAAGUCCUUGGGUACUUCCUCAAGCAUCUUGGCCACAAGAGGAAGGUGGAGAUCAUGCACACACACAGCCUCUUUACUCUCCUGGGAGAGAGGCUCAUGCUGCACACCAACACUGUGACCGUGACGACCUACAACACUCUGUACGAGAUUCUGACAGAACAGGUGUGCACACAGGUAGUUCACAAACCUCAUCCCGAGCCCGACUCCACUGUCAAGAUUCAGAAUCCAAUGAUUCUCAAGGUGGUAGCCACCUUAUUGAAGAACUCUGCCCCAAGCACGGAGCUGAUGGAAGUUCGGCGGCUUUUCCUUUCAGACAUGAUCAAACUGUUUAGCAACAGCCGAGAGAACAGACGGUGUCUGCUUCAGUGCUCUGUAUGGCAGGACUGGAUGUUUUCUCUUGGCUACAUCAACCCUAAAAACUCUGAUGAGCAAAAGAUCACUGAGAUGGUGUACAACAUCUUUCGUAUUCUGCUCUACCAUGCCAUCAAGUAUGAGUGGGGUGGAUGGCGUGUGUGGGUGGACACACUCUCUAUAGCCCACUCUAAGGUGACAUAUGAGGCACAUAAAGAGUACUUGGCAAAGAUGUAUGAAGAGUACCAGCGUCAGGAGGAGGAGAAUAUUAAGAAAGGAAAGAAGGGUUUGGUCAGCACCAUCUCCGGUCUGUCUGCUCAGGCCCCUGGCAUUAAGGGCGCAAUUGAGAUCAGAGAAAUGGAUGAUAACUCCCAGACGCCUGAGAGUGAGAAAGACUAUGAGAGUGCAGACUCGCGCAACCUACUGGCUGAAGGGAAGGGACCUGAAGAGGGUCUGAGAGGAACAGAGGGUACAGUAGAUGGGGUCAGGGUCGAAGUUCAUGACCUUCUUGUGGACAUCAAGGCUGAAAAGGUGGAAGCUACAGAGGUUAAGCUGGAUGAUUUGGACUUGUCCUCUGACUCUCUGGGAGUAUCUGAGAAUGGAGCACUGGUGGAGGUGGAUUCUCUGUUGGAUAAUGUUUAUUGUGCUGCUGUAGAAAAGCUCAACAGUAAUGUCAACAGUGUGUUGUUGCCAAAGGGCAGCAUGGAUGACCAAAAUGCACCCCCUCUCAUUACUCUAGAUGAUGAUAAGGACAGCAUCCCUAACAGCAACAACUUCCUGUUUGGCAAGGUGGCAGGCAGCAUGGAAGACAAACUACUGCCUGAUCUCAGUGCAUCUGAGCCUCUGGUGCUGCCCAGCCCAGAGCCCCCAGUCCACACUGGUGCCAGUGAUGAACUAGGCCUUCUUGCUCACAUGGCAGGCAGCUCUGAGCUUGGCUCCUUACCCAGUAUCCUGGGGAAGGGUGAGUUUGAACUACAAGCAGCCUUGGAGGGCGUCAGCUCUGUGGCUGGUGCCGAGGCUAAGGCCUCCUCCAAAAGUCCAGAGGUCACUGACGACACAGCUGCAGCGACAUGUGAAGGGGACCCCUCAGCUGUUGAGAACAGCAGUGUAGCAGAUGCAAAUAGCAACGCUUCUGACACUGAGAGAUCAGAUGAUGGCAAGGACAAGGAGAUGAAGAAGAUUCAGACGACAGCCACCACACAGAGUCUGCAUGGCCGCCUAGCCACUCAGAUGGAAAGGGACAUUCGUGUGGAUUUGGGCUUUAGGGGGACACCCAUGACAGAGGAACAGCGACGGCAGUUCAGUCCCGGCCCACGCACCACAAUGUUCCGCAUCCCAGAGUUCAAAUGGUCAGCCAUGCACCAGAGACUGCUCACUGACCUGCUGUUUGCACUGGAGAGUGACGUCCAUGUCUGGAGGAGCCACUCCACUAAAUCUGUCAUGGACUUUGUUAAUAGUAAUGAGAACAUUAUUUUUGUCCACAACACCAUCCACCUCAUCUCACAAAUGGUCGACAACAUCAUUAUUGCUUGUGGAGGGAUCUUGCCUCUUCUCUCAGCGGCCACCUCUCCUACCACGGAGUUGGAGAACAUUGAGGCAACACAGGGCAUGUCUACAGAGACUGCCAUCACUUUCCUAUCCCGUCUCAUGGUUAUGGUGGACGUGCUGGUGUUCUCGAGCUCUCUCAACUUCAGUGAGAUAGAGGCUGAAAAGAAUAUGUCAUCCGGUGGCCUGAUGCGCCAGUGCCUCAGACUUGUGUGUUGUGUGGCUGUUAGGAACUGUCUGGAGUGCAGGCAGAGACACAGAGACCGGGGAAAUAAGUCUUCGAUUCCCAACAACAACAAGACUCAGGAAAUCCUGCAAAAUGCUGUGAGUUCCAACAAGGACCCUGAUCGCCUUUUGCAGGAUGUGGAUAUCAAUCGACUGCGGGCUGUGGUGUUUCGUGAUGUGGAUGACAGUAAACAAGCCCAGUUCCUGGCUUUAGCUGUGGUGUACUUCAUCUCUGUCCUCAUGGUCUCCAAGUACCGCGACAUCCUGGAGCCCCAGCGUGAGACUGCCAGGAUAAACCAAUCAGGACGCAGCAUGCGUCAGGAGAUCAACUCACCAACCAGCACAGAAACACCCCUAGCAUUUGACAAUAGUAAGGAUCAUCCUGUGCCAUCAGACUUGCAUAUGGAGACCUCCCUUCCCCACACAGACUCUGGUAUUGGAGAGGAGCAGGUAGCCAGCAUCCUUAAUGGGUCUGAUCUGGACCACAGCGCAGGACUGCUCAUAUCUACACUGUCCUCAGAGGUGAAGAAGUCCCAGGAGAGUCUGUCUGAAUCACCCGGUGUGGAGGUGCUAAAACCGCCCUCCUCUAUCAUCAGCAUUAGCCAGCCCAACAAGGGCAUCAAUGUGAAAGAGAUUCUGAAGAGCCUGGUGGCAGCUCCAGUGGAGGGCAUGGAGGCUGGGCUGGAGCCCCUGUCCUACCCAGAUCCUGCUGCCAGUGCCCAGGCCCAGGCCAUGCUGCCCAUGCAGUUUCACUCCUUUGACAGGAGUGUGGUGGUGCCUGUGAAGAAAACCUCCCCUGGCAGCCUUGCAGUUAACACAGUGGGAAGCAGCAGCAGCACCUCUGCUGGGCUGACAGCUGGCAGCACCCCUAACAUCUUUGCUGCUGCCUCUGCCACCCCCAAAAGCAUGAUCAACACCACAGGAGCAACUGAUGCAGCCCCCUCUACCUCAUCUUCCUCUAGUUUUGUCAACGGAGCCACCAGUAAGAAUCUGCCGGCCGUGCAGACGGUCGCCCCCAUGCCUGAAGACACAGAAGAAAACAUUAGCAUUACCACGAAGCUGGAGAGGGCCUUAGAGAAGGUGGCACCCCUGCUGAGAGAGAUCUUUGUGGACUUUGCACCCUUCCUGUCACGCACCCUGUUGGGCAGCCAUGGGCAGGAGCUGCUCAUAGAAGGUACAGAUGUUGUUGAGUGA